AGUUAUUAAAGAACAACUUUAAACCAGUUAAUCUGUCUCUGCCUCUCUUUUGUUUUUUUUUUUUUCCAUUACAUUCCCUUUGAGAGUUUCUUCCAUAGUUUUUGUGAAACUUGACAGGGGAAUGUUCUUUCCACACAUCUAAUCAAUCAAGGUUCAAGAUUUUUGGAGGAAAAAUGAUCAGGUGUUUGCUUUUCAUUUCCCUGUUGAUCCAUGCCUCUUUGGCUAAAAAACAAGCACCUCAGGCCGCUGGGGCUCAGGCUCCUGUCAAGAAAUGGCAGACUUUAAGCGGUCAACCACCCCUUGUGAUUGCUCGGGGUGGAUUCUCAGGGCUUUUUCCUGAAUCUAGCUCAUUUGCAAAUGACAUGGCCAAUCAGUUAAAAUCUACGGAUGUGGCUUUGUUCUGCAAUCUGCAGCUGACAAAAGAUGGCAUCGGCAUUUGCCUGUCAGAUAUCAGGCUUGACAAUUCAACAACCAUAGGGAUGAUCUUCCCAAAAGAUUCCAAGACCUACAACAUUAAUGGACAGCAGGUUAAGGGUUGGUUUGCUGUGGAUUACACAUCUGAUGUAAUAUUCAACAAUGUGUCAUUGGUUCAAAGUGUAUUGUCUCGAACAAAUGCAUUUGAUGGUCAACUGCCAGUAUCUACUCUUGAGGAUGUCACAGGAGUUAGACCCUCAUCGUUUUGGGUGAAUGUUCAGUACGACGCUUUCUAUACAGAACACAAACUCAGUGUGUCAGGAUAUCUGGAAAAGGCUAUGAGAUUUAUGGGGAUAAACUUCAUUUCAUCUCCUGAAAUUGGUUUCUUGAAGAACAUGAAUGGAAAAGUGAACAGAGCGAGGACAAAGCUCAUCUUCCAGGUCCUUGAUCCAGAUGUAGUUGAACCCACAACCAAACAAACAUACGGUGCAAUAUUGAAGGAUCUUGCAGCCAUCAAGACAUAUGCAUCAGGGAUUCUUGUCCCCAAAGGAUACAUAUGGCCUGUUAAUACAAACAAAUACUUGGGAAAUCCUACUACUCUUGUGGCUGAUGCUCACAAGCUUGGCCUAGAAGUCUAUGCCUCUGGAUUUGCAAAUGAUAUGCCAGCAAGUUACAAUUAUAGUUAUGAUCCAACAACUGAAUACUUGCAGUUCAUCGAUAGUCCCCAGUUUUCUGUCGAUGGGUUGCUUACAGAUUUCUCUCCUACAGCAUCAGCAACCAUUGCAUGCUUUGCAGCCAAUGAAACCGCCAAGCCUAAGAAAGGGAAAGCUUUGAUCAUAACUCACAAUGGAGCAAGUGGGAUGUAUCCUGGUUGCACUGAUCUCGCUUAUGAGCAAGCAGUAAAUGAUGGAGCUGACAUAAUAGACUGCUCAGUCCAAAUGUCAAAAGAUGGAGUAGCUUUCUGUUUGGAUUCAGCCGAUCUGACAGGGGAUACUACUGCGAUGCCUACCUUCAUGUCUCGCUCUUCCUCCAUACCCGAAGUUCAAAAAGAGAAGGGAAUAUUUUCAUUUGAUCUUACAUGGAGCGAGAUACAAACCUUGAAGCCUCAAAUUGUAAGCCCUUUUGGACAAAAUGCUGGCUACCAAAGGAACCCUGAAGCCCAGAACAAGGGUAAAUUCAUGACACUCACAGACUUUUUGGAGUUUGCUAAGGCAAAGGCAGUUUCUGGAAUCUUGAUCAACAUAGAAAAUGCUGCUUACCUAGCAUCAAAGAAGGGUCUUGACAUGGUAGAUUCUGUUACCAAAGCUUUGGGUAAUGCAACCUUUGACAAACAACAAACUCAACAAGUUUUGAUCCAAUCAGACGACACCUCAGUGUUGUCCAAGUUCCAAGGUGUCCCAGCUUACAAAAGAUUGUUACGCAUCAAAGAGGAGAUAGGUGAUGCGCCUAAACUGACUGUAGAUGAAAUCAAGAAGUAUGCUGAUGGAGUUGUUGUCGCAAGACCUUCCCUGAUUUCAACUGAUAAUGGCUUUGCUAAGGCUCAAACGAACGUCCUCCAGGAAAUGCACGCAGGAAACAUCUCAGUAUACGUCUUUGUUUUGAGAAAUGAGUUUGUCGCCCUUCCAUUCGAUUUCUAUGCGGAUCCCAUGGUGGAGCUUGCUACCUAUGUUGCUGCACUAGAAGUUGAUGGGGUUAUAACUGACUUCCCUGGAACUGCCAGCAGAUAUAUGAGGAGCCCAUGCGUGGAUCUCAAUGGAGAGAUUGCCAUCAUACCAGCUGAACCUGGUGCGCUGCUUAAGCAAGUUCCUCCCAUGGCAUUGUCACCAGCAAAUCCCCCCAAUCCCCCCCUCGAGGUUGCAGAUGUUGUUGACCCUCCACUACCGCCAGUAGCCAAUGUGUCAUCAUCCACAGCAGAUUCACCGGGUGCACCUGCACCUUCUUCAAGUGGAAUGGCGAUUACUGCCAACUUUGGUCUUGGUCUAGCAGCAAUUACGGCGCUCAGCUUACUAUCUCGGGGAUAUUGACCUUAAUGACUAUCAACUCUUGUCACUUUGAUUUUUUUUUUUUUUUGUUCUCCUACAGCUUAAGUAUUUCAUGAUAUAAUUUUCUGUUUCUCAGCUUAACAUUUCAUGGUAAUUUGUACUAUAGCGAACAAACAACUGCGAUAAGUUCUCAAAUUCUUAUACCACAUGAAUUUCAUUUGAA